ACAACUACGAUAUUUUCUCUUGAAUUUUUUCUUGCAAGUUUGAAAUGCAAAUUAUGUAACCCAAAAUCUCAGAAACACGGGCCGUGCCCUGCUCAGCUUAGCGCCAUUAGAACGCAAUUCCUGCCAACAUUUUCAUGAUUGCGUUCGCCGUUGAUCAUCGUUGAGCGUUUGCUUAUGGUGCCUGUCGCUUCCGCCAUGCAAGGUGGAUCAUCAGGCAUUGGCUACGGGCUGAAAUACCAGGCUCGAUGCAUCGCCGAUGUGAAAGCAGAUACGGAUCACACCAGCUUCAUCACCGGCACUCUCAGCCUUAAAGACGAAAAUGAGGUGCAUUUGAUUCGGCUUUCGUCGAGUGGAUCCGAGCUCAUAUGCGAGGGCUUGUUUUCUCACCCCAAUGAGAUCUGGGACCUGGCGUCUUGCCCCUUCGACCAACGCAUUUUCUCUACCGUCUUCUCCACUGGUGAAAACUUUGAGGCAGCAAUAUGGCAAAUCCCUGAGUUAUAUGGUGAAUUGAAUUCUCCACAGUUGGAACGGGUUACAUCACUUGAUGAACAUGCUAGUAAGAUCAAUUGUGUUCUUUGGUGGCCAUCUGGAAGACAUGAUAAGCUGAUUAGCAUUGAUGAGGAAAAUAUUUUACUAUGGAGCUUGGAUUGUUCAAGAAAAGUUGCUCAGGUACAAUCGAAGGAGUCAACGGGGAUGCUUCAUUAUUUGUCUGGAGGGACGUGGGAUCCACAUGAUUCGAAUGCUAUUGCUGCAACUAGUGAAUCAUCCGUUCAAUUUUGGGAUUUGAGGACAAUGAAGAAGACAGAUUCGAUUGCAUGCUCUGCAUAUGUUCGCAAUGUGGAUUACAACCCGAAGAAGAAACAUUUACUUGUAACUGCUGAGGAUGAAACUGGAAUAUCUAUAUGGGAUCUUAGAAAGCCAAAGGUUCCAAUCCAACAACUUCCUGGGCAUACCCACUGGACAUGCGCUGUUCAUUGUAAUCCUCAAUAUGAUGGACUAAUCUUGAGUGCUGGUACUGAUUCAGCCGUCAACUUAUGGUUGGCACCUGUGUCUGAUGGUGAACUGAAAUCUGAAAGGACGGUUGAUUCAACACCACCGCGAGGUGAUCCAUUAUUGCAUUCUUACAGUGACUAUGAAGACAGCGUUUAUGGCCUUGCUUGGAGCUUUCGCGAGCCUUGGAUCUUUGCAUCAUUGUCCUAUGAUGGGAGGGUGGUUGUAGAAUCAGUGAAGCCUUUUCUCUCGAGAUGAGGGAGUUCAUUUUUUUUUUUGUUUUCUUUCCUGGUAUUGACUGCAAGCAACUGGACUUGUGACAACUCUCCCUUCAGAGUUUGUUUCUAUCCUUUAGCAAGAGUAAUUCAUGAUGUUACUGAAUUUAGUUUCAAACAACUUCAUUCUCGUCCUUACGAUGUUAGGUUGUCGGACGAGCGAGGACACUUAUCCAGUAACGGAGUUAUACACUAGUGAGUAAUUUUAGUGUAGAAGAUGGCAUGGCUGUUGGAAACAAGUAACUCCUAUCUUCUACCAUUUGUUGUUCUGUUGUGUUGAACUUACUCAAUUAGUAGUACUCACAGCUUAUAUACUUUCCACCAGAAAAGGAAAUAAUAUUAUAAGAUUUUGCCAUCCUA